AUGACUAUCAAUCACGUCUUUGUAUGGGCUUCUGCGGCCAAAUCCCAGAGCUUGCAGGCCUUUUACCGCACUAUUCUUCAGCCACUGGGAUAUAGAGAGAUGAUCCGUGUGAAGAACGACCAACUUGUCGGGUAUGGCAGUGAUUAUCCCUAUUUCUGGCUGCAGACUCUACCUGAAGAUAAAGAGCCUUUGCCAACCCAUAUCGCAUUCGAUGCCCCCACUCCCGAAGCUGUGGAUGAAUUCUAUCGUCUUGCACUGCAACAUGGAGGGCGGGAUAAUGGAGGCCCAGGAAUUCGAAAGGAAAUGAGCCGCCAACCUUAUUAUUCGGCAUUUAUAUUUGACUUGGACGGGAAUAACGUCGAAGCAGUUUGCGUCUCCAAGUAA